UCGUGCGUGUCCAAUCGUGCGUGUCCAAUCGAGCGGUGUCCAAUCGUUACGUGUCCAAACGGGAUACUCCCCACGCCACUCUACCGUCUAGAGUAAAAGAGCUACCGGCACUUGUAACGCUUUCUAGUUGGUUACCGCAUUAUCGUUGAUUAUUGUGUGGCGCGAGAAGUCGCGCCUGGCGCCCAAAAAUUUAGAUUAUUGGGAAGAUACCGUUCUUGCAAGUUACCGCUAUCGUAUUGAGAGUAAUCUCGAUCGAUAUUGGGGGAUACCGUAUACAAGUUACCGCUAUCGUGUCGAGAGCAAUCUCGUCCGAUAUUUGGGGGAUACCGCAUGCAAGUUACCGUUAUCGCUUCGAGAGCAGUCUCGAGCGAUUGGGGGAUACCGUAUGCAAGUUACCGAUAUCAUAUCGAGAGCAGUCUCGAGGAAUACUGAAGCUAUCGUUCUCGUAAACUAUCGAAUCUAACUCGGAAAGCGUUACCGUCUAUACAGAGAUUUCCGUUUAAUUGGGCGUAGCCCCCUCGGACCUGGCGUUCCCGGGGGAAAGCAAUGUCGCAAACGGAAACAUCGUUAAAUAUUAUACUAUUCAAACGAUCUUUCCGGGAAUACCGCCGAAUAUUACGUUGGCUUUCCGAUACCUCGACGGUAACCUUUAUUUCGUAUCGCAACAGCAGAUUUACAAAUUCAACGAAUGUACGGAAAACGUACUCUCGGCGAGUAAGUUCGACAUACAAUCGAUCGGCAUCGAUUGCCCGCGAUACGGAUUACUGCAACAAUUGCGCGACAUCUUGCACAAAUUCACGCGAAAUACCGAAACAUUAAUGAGAGAGAGGGACAGCAAUUUAUUUUAGGACGCAUAAUCCAUAGAGAACGGUUAGUCUCGCGUAAUCCGUCUACCGAUACGCAACGUAAGAGAGCGAAAAAUAAUCGACGAUGUACUCUACGUUGGCGGAACGACAAUCCGAUACGUUCGACGAUGGUAAUGCGAAACGAAAGAAUUCAGAUUGCGCGAAUAAGGAAAAUACGAAGAGAAAACAAACAUUCAACAAUGUCAACGCGCCGACCCUCCUCGCAUAUUGGCGGGACGAUACACGUUGACGAAGACAGGAUACAAGUACCUAGACAUCGGCAUCGUCGUAAAGCUACCAUCGUACGUGAACAUCGUACUCGGAGAUUGUCACGGAAAGGAAAUCUCAUUCUCGAUCG